GUCUCCGAGACCAACAAAACAACACCAUUGCAUCACAGUCCCGUGUCGUUGUUUCGAAGCAAACAACGAUAGUAAAAAAUCGAGUCCCAAUCCUAAUAACAAAAGAAUAAAAAAAAUCACUUUCGAUCCCAUUCUUUCACCUCGCCUAAUAAUCCCCCCCCCAAAAAAAAAUCCUCUCUUUCUGCGUUUCUCCGUUGGAUUUAAUUCAUUUUUGGUGCCACAGAAUCACCACUUGUUGUCAUCAAUCUCUGGUCAUCAAUGGAUCUCGGAUUUCUUCUAAUCAAAUGAUGAUUCCUGUGUUUCUGUUCACGAUGGGAUUAAAAUCCGUUGGUGGGUUCCUUGGAAAACCCAAAUUGUAGCAUAAAAGAAAUUGAUGGGUUACUUGAGCAGUUCAUAGGUAAACAGUGUUUUUUACUCUUUUUGUGUUUUUGUGUUGAUUUAUAUUAUUUUAUGUGAUGGAUAAAUGAGAAUUAAAGUGUAAUAAUAAUGGAAGUGAAAUUGGGGAAAGUGAAUCUGUGAGUUGGAGAUAUCUUUGAAGUUUGGGAGUGUGGGUCAUGGAUGAGGUCAGAACUUGUAAUGAAGCGGAGCAGCCUCAGUCCAAAGACUUGGCCGCUGCGGCCGCCACCACCGCCGCCGCAUCGUCUUCGGGAUGGCGUCCUGGUCGGCUUGCGUUUGCUCCGUGGGUGCCACAGGGUGAAGAAGCUACUGCUGAUAAGUCCCAGAAAUUGCGUUUGGUUGUCAGGAAACCCUUGGUGGCAAGAUUGACCAAGGAAAUAGUUGAAACAUACCAAAUAUGCAAUCCACAGUUUAAAUAUUCUGAAGAUCUAAAUCCCAAAAGAUUUUUGACCAGCCCGUCUAUUGGAGUGCUUAAUGAUGGCUAUGAUAAUGUAAACUCAGAUCUUAUCCUGACAGUGAAUUUCGUCUUGAUCCAUUUAGAGAAAAAUAGAAGAUAUAUUGUCAAAGAUGUCCUUGGCCAUGGGACAUUUGGACAAGUGGCUAAAUGCUGGGAUUCAGAUACCAACAGUUUUGUUGCUGUCAAGAUCAUUAAAAAUCAACCUGCUUACUAUCAACAGGCACUGGUUGAAGUAACUAUUUUAACAACGUUAAAUAAGAAGUAUGAUCCCGAGGAUAAGCAUCACAUUGUUCGUAUAUAUGAUUAUUUUGUAUAUCAACGACAUUUGUGCAUAUGCUUUGAACUGCUGGACACAAACUUGUAUGAGCUUAUCAAGAUGAAUCAUUUUAGGGGAUUAUCACUUGGUAUUGUUCAGCUGUUCUCUAAGCAGAUUUUAUGUGGACUGGCUCUAUUAAAAGAUGCUGGCAUUAUUCAUUGUGAUCUGAAGCCAGAAAACAUUCUUUUAUGUACGAGCACUGUGAAGCCAGCAGAAAUCAAGAUAAUUGACUUUGGAUCCGCAUGCAUGGAAAACCGCACUGUUUACUCCUAUAUUCAGAGUCGAUACUACAGAUCUCCUGAAGUUCUCCUUGGAUAUCAGUACACAACAGCUAUUGAUAUGUGGUCCUUUGGGUGCAUAGUUGCUGAAUUAUUUCUUGGAUUACCAUUAUUCCCUGGUGCUUCGGAAUUUGAUCUUUUGAGGCGGAUGAUUGAAAUACUCGGAGGACAACCACCUGAUUAUCUACUGAGAGAUGCCAAAAACACAAGUAAAUUCUUUAAAUGUAUCGGGAGUCUCCAAAAUAUAGAGAACAGUGAGAGUUCCAGAAAAGGAAGAAGUGUUUAUCAGGCAUUGACGGAGGAAGAAUAUGAAGCUAGAGAUUUGAAGAAGCCAUCAAUUGGAAAGGAGUAUUUUAAUCAUAUGAACCUUGAAGCAAUCGUUACAAACUAUCCGUUCAGGAAAAAUCUACCAAAGGAAGAUAUUGUCAAAGAAAGUCAAAUACGAUUGGCUCUUAUUGAUUUUUUGAGAGGUCUAGUGGAAUUGGAUCCUGCAAAGCGCUGGUCACCCUUCCAGGCUUCAAAACACCCUUUUAUAACCGGGGAACCUUUUACACACCCUUACAAGCCUCCUCCGGAGACCCCUCACAUG